UGUACCGUAAUCCCUAUUACCGUGCACCACUGCACUCCUCGAAUGACCGUUAAAUUUUGUAUGCGAAUUUUGGGCUAACAGCCUACUGCCGUCUGCCCGUCUUCCUUCUACCAUUGAUACGUUGAGUGUUGUGUAUUUACUUGUUAAAGUAUUGAAUUGUGUUUCAUGUUUGGUGCUUAGGGUUCUAGUUCUCGUGUUAACUAUAAACUACUUACAUUUAAUCAUAGUGUGUGUGUCUAAUAAAUUGUUUUUCCAUUGAAGUAUUUUGAGAGAGAUAAUGAAUGAUUCAAAAGAUCAUCAUUCAACUGGUUCUUAUGUUGAACCAAGAGUUCCAAGUAUAACUGGCUUUGGACAAAGAAAAAUCAAUGGCAAACCUAAAAAAGUACUGGAUUAUUCUUUGGAAAAAUGUAAUGACCAUUCUGGAAUUCCAAAAAUUGAUGUUUGCUUACGCUUAAAACCACGAAUAAAUAGUGUUCCUACUGGGGUUGAUACUUUAACAAUAUUGAGUGAUAAUAUUGUUGCUUGCAACAAUGGAAAUACAAGAGAUGAUGUUACAGAGUAUACAUUUUCUAGUGUAUUUGGUCCAAAUGUUGAUCAAAAGAAAUUUUUUGACACCUGGGUAUACGAUAAAGUAUUGAGAUUUUUGAAUGGAAAUAAUGAAUUAUUAUUUGCAUAUGGCACGACAAAUGCAGGAAAAACAUAUACAAUUCAUGGUAAUAUAAAUGAUCCUGGUAUGAUUCCUAGAACUUUACUACUUGUCUUCAAUUCAUUAAAGGAAAAGUUAAUGUCAAAAUGUAAGUACAAACCUGAUAAAGUUAUUGCAGCCCAUAUUUUGGAUGAAAAGCUAAUGGAAUCUGAAGAGGAUAUCAGAAAUAAUAUUUUAAACAAUUGGUCUAAUGAGAAAACCCAAGAUGAUUUUAAGUCAUGUUCGUCUCAAGUGGAUGAAUGUCAAACUAUACAUGGCAUUGAUCAACUUACUAAUCAUAGUAUUGUAAAAAUGUUUGAUUAUUUGAAAAAUGAUGGAAUAGCGUCAUUGGAUCAUGGCAAUGUCUCCUACACAGUUUGGGUUUCAUAUUCUGAAAUUUACAAUGAAUCCAUCUAUGAUUUAUUGAUAACCUACUUAGCCAACCAAAAACGAGCACCUCUCAAACUGUCACUUGACCAAAAUAAGAAUGUAUACGUGAAAAAUCUUACACAUGUAUUUGUUCAGUCUGCUGAAGAAGCAUAUAAAGUUAUGUCUUUUGGAAGAAAUAAUUUAAGAAUUGCCAGCAAUAAUUUAAAUAAAUCUUCAAGUCGUUCACAUUGCAUUUUCACAUUAAAAUUAAUGAGAGUAGAAAACAUUGAAAAUCCUAAGACAGCCGUCAUUAGCAGUAUUUCAUUUUGUGAUUUGGCAGGUUCUGAACGACUUAAAAAAACUAUGAACAUUGGUGAUCGUCUUACAGAAUCUAAAAAUAUUAAUACUUCACUAUUAGUUUUGAACAAAUGUUUCUCUGUGUUACGUGAAAAUCAAAAGAAAGGAGAAAAUCAUUUGGUCCCCUACAGAGAGUCCAAAUUAACUCAGAUGUUUCAAACUGCUUUAACUGGAAAUAAUAGAACUGGUAUAUCAAUGGCAGUUAAUGUAGAUAUGUCUCCCAAUCUAUUAGAGGAAACCAAGCAAGUGUUAUUCAUGUCUGCUAUAGUGCGUGCUAUUACUAAAACAAAAUCAAAACCUAUUUCAAAACCAAGGCCAAGUUUUGCUGUAUGGGCAGCAAAUAACCGAAAAAGCCUAAAACAGACAACCUUCAAACAAAGUCCAAUAAUUGAAGAUGAGCAUAGCAUAAAUAAUUCAAAAUGUGAACAAAAGUCAUUGAUUUCUAAUGAAGAGUUUGAAGCAAGAUUCAAAGAAAAAGAAGCAAUACUCCGAAAAGAAUUGCUCCAACAGUUCCAUACAAUUUUAAAUAACAAUAAUACAUUCCACACUAAACAAAAAGAAACUAUGAUAAAAAACAAAACAGAAAUGUAUGAAAACAAAAUUAAACGAUUAAAAGCAUAUUAUUGUGAAGAAAUUAGAGAGAGAGAUGAAAAAUUAGCACUUCAUUCUAAUCCCAACCUCACAAAUACUUAUGAAAACAAUAAAAAUAAGAGUGAAAUGGAAAAUUAUGAAUUCAGAAUUGGAGAACUUGAAAUUCAAAAAGAAGAAUUACUUGCAGAAAUUAAUGUCUUGAAAAAUGUCCAUGAUUUGAGGCAAGAAGAUAUUGAUGUUAAGAACCGUGAAAUUGAAAACUACAAAGUCAUGUUGGAAGAGGCAAAUACUGAAUAUGAACAAAUGGAAGCAGACUUAAAUGAGAUGAAUAAUAAAUUUGAAGUAUUAUAUCAAGAAAUGGAAGAUAAGAAUUUAGAAAUCGAACGACUAACUGGUUCAUUAGAGGCAAAAGACAAUUAUAUUACAGAAAUGGAACUUCUCCAAGAAGAACGUACAACUGAAUUGGCAGAACAAAAAAUUUUAAAAUACAUGGAUGAAAAAUUAGAAACAAUUGUUGGCUUAGAAAAUACAAUAUCAAAACUAAAAACAAAGAAUAAAAAAUAUAAUGAAGAGAAGUCUAAUAUGGCAAAACAAUAUCAAACUUUAAAACAAAUGUUAAAGGCCACAGAACAGUCAAAUACAGAUAAAGAAUCAAAGAUUGCAAAACUCCUGGAAGGAGUUCAAAAAUUAGAAUAUGAACUGAAGGAUACUGAAAAUAAAUAUAAUGAACUUCAGACCAGAUUUGAUACUUUAAAAGCGUCAAGUGUGAAACCACCAACUAAAAGUAUAGCUGUAGUAACAAAUUUAAGCAAUAUUCAAUUACCUUUACAAAUGGUUGAUAUAUUAGAAGAGAAAGAAAAUUUGCUUUCAAAAUCCGGUCGUAAACCCGACAGAAGAUGUAAAAAUAAAACUCCAUUAACAAAUAUCAAGAAAACAAAAAAUUUGAAAAAUGAAACUCCCGAUAGCUGUGACAGAAAGAUAGAUGAAGCCAUAGCUAACAUUCCAAUUAGUACACGGAAACGCAAGUUGUUUGAUAACAAACCUCCGUUAAUUGACAGUAGUAACAUACCUUCUGAUAACUCCUUGAAUUCAGUUCUUUCUCCAGCUCGGGCGCUACACCAAAUAUCAAAACUGCGUGUAAAACAAUAAUUUUUUUUGUCUCAGAAUUAUAAAUGUACAUAUAAUUUCAACUGAUUCCGUAAUUACUUUUAAUUGUAUAAUAAGAUUUUUUUUUGUUAAUUUAUUUUUGAAAUUAUUUAGAUCAUACAUUUAUAAAUAAUAGAAAUUUUUUUUUUUUUGACAUUUUUAUACUACAUUUUUAAUUUUAUCUAAUUUUUGCGAUGUAAAUAUGCAAGUGUUUGUUCACUUGUAUAUAAUUAUCUUAUGUGUUAAUUUCUGUAUCUGAUAUAUUUUUUUUGUACAUUUUAGUCAAAAGUAUUGAAUAUAAUUAAUUUGCAUUUUCUACACUACGCUUAUUGUUUUGUUUUUAUAAUACUAUAUACUUAAAAGUUUAAAUAAUUAAUUUUCAAAACAUGAAACGUUGAUAAUAUUUUACUGUUCAGCAAUGCUAUCGAUUUAAUUUUUAUUAGAUUGUGAAAGUUAAUAAUAUCAAAUACUAUCGAUUUAAUUUUUAUUAGAUUGUGAAAAUUAAUAAUAUCAAAUAAUUUUAUAUAUGAAAAAUUAAACCGGGAUUCAUUUAAAUAAUAUUUGUCACAAUGUCGUAAGCUUAAUAAACUACGUAAAAAUCUA